UAACCUUCCAUGGUGCGCGAUACUCCUGCUUGUCCCUCUUUGUCCGGUGUCGAUAGAAGGCCAUGAUAAUUAUGGCAAAAUUUGCGUUUUUGAAUGAAUUAUAGUUGAAUGGUGGAUCAACACGCAUACACCGAGUGAGGACUGGUUUGCUGGCAAUGACACACCAGAGAGUUUCAAUUUAAAGGACAGCAGAGCAAGCAACGGAGAAAGGUCAUUUUAACUAAAUGGCUGCCGAAUCGGGGAGACUACUGGCGGGACAAGGAAAACGAAGCAAAGCUUCACAGAUGAAGAGCCCGGAGAAGAAGAAGGCAAGGAAAUCCACCUCUCAGGCGGCGGGGUUCUCCCACCUCACUGAGUUUGCACCUCCCCCAACCCCCAUGGUGGACCACCUGGUCGCCUCCAACCCCUUUGAUGAUGACUUUGGGCCUCCACCCCGACCUAGUGGGACAGGUGGACCAGGUAGUGCUCCAUUUCUUCCCAGCCCAGGUGCAGGCGGAGGAGGUGGGUAUGGAGGCGGAAGCAGAAUGGGCGGUGGCAUGGGCUUCAUGGGAGGCCCAGGAGGCGGGCAGCCUGGACGGAGGCCACCGUUCGGUCCUCCAUCCAAUGCUGGACCUCACCACCAGCUAGGCUUUGGAGGAAUGCCUGGCUUUGGAGGUGGCGGUGGGGGCGGCAGUGGGGGAGGAGGGGGUGGAGGUGGAUUCCCGCCUGGUGGCCCUUCUCAGUUCAAUAUGCCACCAAACUUCAGUCCACCCAUGCACCCUGUGCCAGGAUUCAAUCCCAUGUUGUCUCCAGGGGGUAUGGGAGGUCCCGGUGGAGGAGGACCACCCCACCCUCGGUUUGGCAUGCCUCCACAGCAGCAGCACGGACAGGGUGGACACCCAUUUAACAGCCCACCUUUGCCCGGUGGUGGAGGCCCCAGAGGGCCCCCGCAUGGCCCCUUGCCUCCCAUGGGAGGAGGCAUGGGUCCUGGGAUGAACAUGAUGGGUGGCAUGGGUGGUGGCCCUGGAGGAAACAUGGUGGGAGGGUUGCCAGGUAUGCCCCCUCAAGGACAGUUUCCUCCCUCACAAGAUGGCCCCUACCCUGGCCCCAGUCCGCCAGGACCAGGCAACGAUGAUGGAAAGAACUUUGGUGGAGGAGGUGCACCGCCUGGGCCGCAGCAGCAGCAGCAGCAGCAGCAACAGCUUAACUUAAAUCCCAACGGCCCCCCUCCAAACAAUACCACUCCUGGCCCUCCUCCUAACUCUGGCCCACCACAGUCAGGGGGAGGCUUCCCAGGCCACCCUGAUGUCCAGCAGCCCAACGCCAAUACACCUGGUCAGCCUCCUUCGGCACCACCCCAGCCCAACCCCAACUCUUCUCCUACUGGUCCCAUGAAUGGAUCAGGCCAGUCCCAGCAUCCACCACCCAGUCAGCUACAACCCCCCAGCAAUACAAACACCCCCAACUCUAACAGCUCUACCCAGCAGCAGCAAUCCACUCCACCUAACUCUGCCCCAGGCUCCACCCCUUACAACCAACAGAACAACACUCCUGGUGCUGCUGGUACCAUGUCAAAUGCAGCCCCCAAUUCAGGUCAGAACAACAUGACCAACAACAACGGAGGCAACACUCCUGGCAGCAACCCUAAUCCCCCCUCUAACUCCACUUCCACCCCGAACACCCAGUCUCCCCUGCCCCCCGGUCCCGCUGCCCCUUCAGCUGGGCCUGGUUCUGGCCCUGGAAAACUCGGUGGCCCUGGAAUGGUCUUCCCUUGUGGCCUCUGUAUGGCGGAGGUGCAUGACGAUCAGGACGCCAUCCUGUGCGAGGCGUCGUGCCAACGUUGGUUCCACCGUGACUGCACAGGCCUGACAGAGCCAGCGUAUGGGCUGCUGACUCGAGAGAGCUCUGCUGUUUGGGCCUGUGACUUCUGCAUCAAGACCAAGGACAUCCAGGCUGUGUUUGUGCGCCAGGGAUUAGGCCAGCUGGUUGCAGCUAAUGAGAGUUGAGGAGUGGAUGACAAAACAGCAGCGCAGAGGUGCGACGCAUAGGGACAAAUAAAGACAUUGUUUGCUCUGAUCUAAUUGAAUGACCUGUGUGUCAUGUCAGAUACUUGCCCAGAUAUCUUUCUCUUGACUAGCCCUUUACUUGUUCACUACACAGAGAAACACACUCAUCGACAUUCAUGCUUAUCUAGCACUUUGAGUGACUCUAGGCAAUUGUUUACCCCCCCAUCACGAUGAAUGUUAAAGUACACAAUCCUUCAAACAUCUAGCCUGCCAACCAGCAAAGCACUGACACCAACACACUACCUCGCACACUUUGUGACUGACUGGCACGGAGGCUCCUGCACUGACUGACUGGGAUUGACUCUCCACACUUGUGCACAACUUGAGUAUGAUGAUAUUUAACACAUACACAAAAACCCACGGUAGACGGGGAAAGUAAUGUUGAAAUAUUCCCCUACUGUGUACUGGUACAGUGAUUUAAAGCAUCAACGUUGUUCUCUGAUUUUCGUGGCUUUAGAUUCAAACAGACAUGAUAUAUGAAAUCUUUAAAAUGUAAAAAGAAAUAUUGAAAGAGUGCCUGGAAAUCUAAAAGGGACGUUCAUUAUUUGAUUCACAGCUUUAUUUGUCAUCAAAAUACUUAAUUUUAGCAGUACCCUAUCACAUUGUUAGCCACAGCAAGCAAGUGAAAGAAAAGCAUAUUGUGAAACAAAUAACUGUGGCAAAACAUCAAUUCAUGAGUUAUUUUUGUCAUUUCCCACACACAUGCAUACAUAUACACACUUUGACCCUGUAUUUGUAAAUGUUGUUUUGUACCCAGUGCUGAUUAAUCCAAAGGAGACCCGGGCUGAGAUUUCAUCCACACCUCGCAGAGAGGAUUUUACCACCAAAAUGCUUGUAAAUAUUUGGACAAAACAUUUGUCAAGACAUCAGUUGUGAACAUGCCAGAGAGUUGACCAAUGAACAAAAUAAUAAGUUGAACUUAUGUGUCUUGGUUGUAGACAGUAUGACGUUUUUGGUUUUUAUACAGUACAUUUGAGUCAACAGUUUGUUUUUAUCUCUGCAGUACACAUGAAUUGUGAAAUCAGUGCUUUUGGAUGGUGUUGGCAUAGCAAGUAGUGACAUCAUGUCAUAUCAGAUGUGCAUAGUCCUUUUUGUUAUUAUUUUUUAAAGAGGGGAGGGGGUUGCAUGUGAACCAAUGCAGUAACUGUCUGAUCUGUUUAUGUUUAUAUUCUGGCCUCUGCACUGCAAGAGGCCUUGAAGUAGACCAAAUAACUUAUGAGCGAAAAAUACCCAUUUUUCACACUUCUGUCACGGUAUAAGGUGUUUAUAACUAUUCUUCCUCCUCUCUUUACUUAUUUUUCCUUACUGAAUGUCCGAGCUGCCUUUCUUUUCUUGCUCCCUCAGCUGUUCCUUUUUUGAUUUUGUACUGGUAUUUGUGCUGUGCUCUUGCUCUGCUCUGGCGCCUCCUGGUGUAACCUGGAGGAACCAGAAAGUCCCACACCAGGUGGGGAAGGGAAAGGUACUGAACUCUGAAGUAAAGACAGAUUUUUUUGUACUUGUCCAUGUCUGUUUUUAUUCACAUUUUUUUUAUUUGUUUGCUAAUUGUUGUAUUAAAAUGAAGGUUGGAAAACCUAAUGAAACAGA